AUGGGCAUAAUUUGCAGUGGUGUGGUCUCAAAUGCAGCGUCCUAUUUUCCAGCCGAGAACACUCUUCUCUCAAACCGAACGUUCGUACAGUCAGUAGGUUUGGUGACUUACUUCAGGUUCAAAGACGACAUCAUCGCUUUCCUGGACGGCCCCAAUAACAAUCCAGACUUGUUUUUUGGCGACGCUGAACAGAGAGUCGUCACCUUUCACCUUGGAGCUCGAAAGUGUGGCUCCGUCGGAGGUGGCACUUUUAGAUGUGUUUCUUUUCAAACGGCCCGAGCCGUGCAAAUUCAGCUACAGGGUGCACGAGAAGACGACCAGUCAAUGGACCCCCCUUGGCGAUGA